GCAGUUUGUCGGUAGCGUUACAUUGGAAUGACAAGCCGUGUUUAGUACGAUGGUUCAGUCGUCUUCUUGGGUGGAUCUCUGGGAUAGAGCUAGUGAAUUCAUAAAAUAUCAUGAUAAUGGAAUAAAUAUUCAUGAAAGAUUAUAUAAAUUUUUAAUUGAAUUUGCAAAAUUACAGAAAGAAGCAUUUAUUGCACAAAAACGAUUAUGUGAAAAACACUUAAAUGAUGCACAAAAAUAUUUUGGUGUCUCCAAUAGUUAUGUUUCAUUUUUCAAUGAACUUGUACAAAUUGUUCAACAUAUUAUAGAUGCUGAAAAUUUAAUUUCAUGCUCAUUUGAAAUACAUGCUAGUAAUGAAGGGAAAUCAGUUAUUGAAGAUGAACGUAGACAGUUUAAACGAUGGAAAAGGGAAAGAUCAAAACUAUCAUCUGAAUUAAAAUCACAGACACGUAUUAUCGAUGAUGAGAUUAAACGUUAUCGUGAUAAAUAUCGAGAUAUGAUCAAAGCAAAAGAUGACUAUGAACGUAUCAAUGCUGAUCAGAGUCAUUCACAAUUUGAUGUUGAGAAGGCAUUAAGUUAUGCAAGGCUAAAAGAAGUUGAUUUUGAAAGAGCACGUAAAGAUUAUUCAGCUGCAUUGGAUCAAUUUAAUUUAUAUCGUAAAGAUUAUUAUUUUCGUUGUCUACCAUUAUGGGCACAAGUUGGUAAAGACUUAGAGACUGUCAGAUAUACACGGACACAAUCACUAAUCAGUAUACUAUAUGAACGAUUACGUGUAGCAAUUGAUCGUAUGACUACUGUAUGCAGUGAAUUUCAAGCUGUCUCUACUCAUUUGAAUUCAGAUCAGGAUGCUGAAGAAAUUAUAAAUUUCUUACGUAGUAAUAAUGCCCCACCAGGUGAUAUUGAUUUUGUUGACUUAUCCUCUGCUUCACUGCCAUCAUCUUCUGGACCACAAACUUCUAUCACAUCAACAAACAAUGUAAAAUCAAAUAUUGGCUUGACAAGCGAACCUAUUUACUCAUCAGGCAGUGUUGUACUCCCAGCAAAUUUUCAUUGUUCUGUUUGGGCUGCAGAUCAUGCUGGUGGAACAGGCCGUGGUGGUGGGGGUGAAGCAUCAAUCAAUAAACAGUACAAUCCUCCGUCUGGAGAAGCAAUGAUUUACGGGGAAUCUGGUUCUACCUAUUCUGCCUCAUAUGCAUCAACAACCGCAUCGACAACAAAUGGUCCUACGAAUGGUAGUCUCGGCGGUGGUGGUGGUAGUAUGAAUAGUCGACGUCCUAGUGUUAGUGAUCAUUUCGCUGUACCAAAUCCACGUCAUCCUAGUCAACAAUUGUAUGCUUCUAAUGGUGCUGGAUUUUUCCGUAGAAUUUUUUCACGACGUAGUAGGCACAAUUCACUGAAUCUAUGCCAUGAAGUUAAUUCUGGUAGUGAUGGUGUCGUGUCUGGAUGGUCAAAUCCUUUUUUUGAUCCUGUUGUACCAUGGCGUAAAAGUUCACAUCAAUACCCCCAUCAGCAGCAACAACACAAAAGCAGUAUGAAUAGUUUUCGUAAGAAACUCUCCUCUCGUCGCAUGAAGUUCACUCGCCAACGCAGUGUUGAUGAUAAUGAAGGCGUGGUGACGGUGAUGAAUACCGCCGGCAAAGAUACAUUGGAUAUACGAGCAUCACAGAGUACUGGAGAUCUGAGUGUUGUAAAUUUAAAGACAAUCGCUGAUUUAUGUGAUCCAAAUCGUGUUAAACGUCAGGGUACAUUUCAUCAAACUAAUGGUGAAUAUAAUCCAGUGAAACCAGGUGGACAUAAAUCUAGAUCUAGAGAUAAUAUUGUCAUUGAUACAAGUGAUUUCUCUGAUUCUUGUUCCGAUUUCGAGAAUGAUGAAGUGCAUAGCCAACCGAUUAUUCAACCACCGACAGAAGAAGUAACACCGUCAACAGCAAUACAAAUGAAUUCACUGCCUAAUAAUAAUGAAAAUAUAGCUUAUGCAACAACCUCUGUAUUAAAUGGCCUGCCGAAUUCAAUUCCAUCCCAAUAUCCGCCUUCUCUUUCUGAUAUAGCAUCAUUACCGUCUCAUCAUCCGUCUUUCGAUACUCAAGGCGCAACUUCAUCAUCAAGUAAAGAUAAGUUGUCAAUUCCAUUGCAUUAUUUUGCAGCAAUGGCAAAAACAUCAGUAGCCAUUGAUAAUAAUGGUAAUAAUAAUAAUAAUACCAAUGGGAAAUAUUUAAAAAAUGAAGGCAAGUCAUGCAGUAGUGCACCUUUAGCAGAACCAGAAACAGCUUCUACAGUGACUUCGUCGACUUCAUCUCGACCAACAUCGACAUCGUCUUCUUUAAAUGGUCAAAUACUGCCUUCGGUGAAACAAAAUCUAGCAGCUGUUAAAUCUAACAAUAACACUAAAUACCAUUCAGUGAAUGGGAAUGCUGCCUAUAAUUGUGUAAAUGAUUCUAAUCAUAAUGAUAAGGAUUCUACAGCUGCUCAUACAUUCAUGUAUUCACAUAUGAAUUCUUCCUACAAUCAUCAUCAACAACAUUCAGAGGGGAAGAGCUCACAUCAAAUUUUAUAUGAUCAACAUAAAAACAUGUUGAAAAGGCAUGAACAACAAAGGCUUUGGCUUUUACAACAAGAUGGUGGUCAGCAGCAGCAGCAGCAGAAGGAACAGUCGUUACAACAACAACACCAGCAGCAGCAACAACAUCGGUCAUCUCGAGCACCAGAUAACAGUGAUACAAGCUCUACACUAUCUGUUAGUUAUCAUAGUAAUAGUAGCAGUAGUAAUAAUAAUAAUAAUAAUCGAGAUAAGAAUUCAUCCGGAAAAGAAUCAUCACAGAUUGUUGUUAUUGGUGAUUGUACUGCUUUAUAUUCUUUUACAGCUGAUGGCUUUGAAUCCUGUUAUCUAGCCUUUGAGGCUAAUGAAAAAUUUUAUAUUCUAUCAAGUGAUCCAACCGAAGAUACUACAGACUGGCUUCAUGUUUGUCGUAUGCAGCAGCAACAGCAGCAGCAUCCCUUUGAGAUAGGUUAUGUUCCAACAGCUUAUGUUCAACAACAACUUUAUUCUCAACCAAUUCUUCUACCGAAUAAUCAUAAUACUAAACAUGAACCAACACAGGAUUCAUCGGAUUCCUCAUCAACUACUAAGACAGCAACGACAACAGCGACACCGAAAAGACCAGCAACUACAAUACCAAUAUCAACAACACAUAAUGGACAGAUAAAAAGUUCAGGGAGUAAUAAUAAUAGUACCGUUAGUAAUAGGAGCAACAUGAAUCCUUGUAUGAUGAAUAGAAAUUUUAGAGGUACUUCACCUUAUGUACGUUUAAGUGGAGUUUCAAGAGAUACUGACUUAUAAGUUUUACACCUAUUUAUUUAUUGUGUGUAUUCGUUAAGGUAAGUCAUUUGUGUGUGUUUUUGCACUGCAUACAUACACUGUCACACACGUGUAUUGUUCACUUCACGUCAUUGUUGUGACUAACAGUAUUCCGACAAAAACUAUCUCCUUAUCCCGACGAACAUCCUGAUGGCACAUAAUUCCUCUUUUUUCUUGUACAUAUAUACACACAUAUAUAUAGGAAGCAAUACAUGAACGAUUGAUGUGUAUGACUAAAAUGGAAAGAUUGUCCUUUGUUAUAUUAUUACACAUAAAUAUUGAUUUUUUCUCCUUUUCUAUCUACUAGGGGGGUUGUAACUUUUUUUCCAAUUUACCCAUCAUUGAUUCAUGCAAACACAAUUAACAGUUUUUAGUCCUUUUAUAUCUUUGUGUAGAUGAUGAGGAUGUUGGGAGACUCUUUAUUAUUAAUCGUCAACAUUGACUGUUUUUACACUGUGAAUUUCUAUAUUUCUACAGCAUAUAUAUACAGUAAAUAAUCUGAAUUGUAAUCAGUAAUUUCUUUUUCUACCUGUUCAGAUACAUAUAUAUAUAUAUAUAUCAUAGGAGAUAAAUUUAUUCACUUCCCUGUUUUUCUUUCUUGGUCGUUUGUUUCUCUGCCUAACACAAUACACAU